UAUAAUCGCGACGUAAAAGUGUUAAUGAUAAGUUCUGUAUCAGUACUUCUUAAAACAAAGUCUUUCUCGGCAGCUGGAAAGAAGAGACUGGUUCCUGGGAAAAUGUUGGGAAAAUUCUUGUUUUUCACGGUGGCCUUUUUGGGUAUACUUAACCAAUCAUGUGCCACUCCAUUAACCAAAGAAAUCAGUCUGUCGUCGAUUCAACCCAAGAACACCGACCUCGCCGAGCUGAUCCUGAAACAACUCAUAGCUGAACCGAAACAAACCCUAGCUUCGCUUGCUCAAUUAUUCGCCACCAAUGAAAACCCUCAAGUUUCCGACAUCCUGGACAUCAUAAACCUCAAUUUUCAGUCUAGAAUGUUUGUUCUUAAUGGAGACUACAUAGAACUGAACCCCUUAGCUUUGAAUCAAUUUCUUUCAUCCAAAUCUUCAGAUUUGGUGAAGGUUUUGUUUCCCCAGGAUCCAAUCAGGCAACUGAUGGCACAAGGUGUCCUCCAGGUUCCCUUACAAAAGGCAGUCGAAGAUGCACUUCCUGAAAUCGAAGCCAAGAGAAUUCCAGUUGAAAGAAUAACAUCUCUGUAUCCCGUUCAAGAUCGCAGCCUUCUAACCAGAGAUUCAAUCAUCGAUGAGAUCUACAGCGCAAUCAUUUCAAGCAUUCAAAACGCCCUUUGCGAAACUGUAGUUGAUUUCCUCGUUGAUGAAAUAGAAAAUAUUAUAGACAGUAUUUCAUCGAUCCUCAGCUCUUUGGAAGAUACAAACAUUACCUUUAUCGACGAUUUAGUUGAUGAGGCACAGUCUAUUCUAAGUAACGUCAGCAGCUACGUUUCUUCAACUCUAAGCGAAUUGGCUACAGAUUACUGCACUAAUAUCACGAUAAGCAGGAAACGCAGGGACUUGAUGGAAGUAGAAGGUCGGGAAAUAGAACUGUAUGAUUUAGAAAAGAGCGUUCAUGUUGUUAAGAGAGAUACGGCUUUAAUCAAUAUACUGUUGGCAUUAUCAGAUGUUAUUGGAUCCUUUUUGGUAUCUACACUCAAUAGUAUACUAAAGGCAUUGGCUGGUUGGCUCAUAUCUUACAUCGAAAGCAUAAUUGAUUCAUUUUUAGAGGAUACUGUUUUGUCGGCAAUCGAAAGUGUGAUCGAUGUGAUUCUUUCUACUUCUUAAUUAAAGCAAAUAUUGUAAUAUACUAGUAGAAGUAACUGGACUUGGUACUAUGUGUGGAUUAUUUAUUUGUAAAUCAAUUUGAAAAAUAAAUUAUGAUAUAGAUGUGAA